AUGCUUUUUUCAAAUGGUGAAGAAGGUGAGGAUGAAGUUCGGCUGGACGAGGAGAUGGAGCGCGUCGUGUGGAGCGAGGCUGCGCCCGCGCCACCACCGCCCGCGCCAACAGGCGAGCCACGUCGCGAUGUCGCUGCGCCGCUGCCGUUCGCGCAGCGACACCGGACAGAACGCACAGACGCUGGUGCUGGCGGCAGCUCGCCAAGCAGCGAAGAGCAGUCGCCGCGCACUCAACAUAGUUCCGGCUCUGACCAUCCGGCGCGUCAUCGGGAUCAGGCUCCGGUGACGGCGGCAGCGCUCGCGACGACGACCGACACGUCCAGUUCGGUGCAGACGCCACCCACGCAGGACAGGAGGCGACACCAUCUGACAAUGUCGGCGCCGAUCCUCUAG